UCUUAAGUCAACUGUUGAAUUAGUCAUCCUAAAAGCGGUCUAGAUUCAUGUAAUUAUAAAAUUUCAUCAAUUCUUGGAAGUGUUGUUCCUUAUUCUUGGUCUGAAAAGUGAAAAGCAAAAGAGAAGACAAAUUUCAGUUUCGUAGUGUUUUUUUUUUUUUUUGUAGCGACGACCUGUCCUUUUUGGGAGCAGACUUACACAGUCAAUGUUAUUCUUUCCAACGUUCUGAUCUUCCAUGUGGACCUCUCAUGGAUGGAAGUUUCUGCAGGGGAAAACGAGUAGUCUUCGGCUAUAAUGGUUAGGCCUAUAGCCAACCAAUUCUAAAGCCUUUUUUGGCAGGUGGUAAGAGAAUUGCGAGGACAUGGACAAUUAAAUCUGCUUGUUGCUCAAUUCAAUUCAUCUCCCCAGCUAAUUAAUUUUCUCCUAAGAAAAUGGAUAAAUCAUGCUUAGGAAACAUAUGCAUCCUCGAGAUUAACUUGCUUGUUGGCUUUGUUAUUAUACUCAGCCUAUUGGUACCAGGAUCCCUGAAAUUUGCAUCGGCCUUGGGGAACGAAACUGACAGAAUAGCUUUGCUUUCUAUAAAGAAUCAGCUUGUUGGUGCUUAUCCAGGAGCCCUCGAUUCAUGGAAUGAUUCUCUCCACUUUUGUGAGUGGCAAGGUGUUACAUGUGGUCGUCGCCACCAGAGGGUCACUGCUCUGGAGUUGUCUGGUUUGAAACUAGCUGGGUCCUUGUCUCCUUCAAUUGGCAAUUUAACCUUCCUCAGAAGACUUAAUCUAUCUGAUAAUAGAUUGCAAGGUAAAAUACCCAAGGAAGUUGGCUACCUAAGGCGACUACGUGUCUUUGAGUUGUUUCGAAAUAGUCUCCAUGGAAGAAUACCUGUAGAGCUUGCCAAUUGCUCAAACCUUCUAACAAUUCAUUUAAAGCAAAAUAACCUCACUGGCGAAAUUCCUUUCCAGUUGGGUGAUUUUUCAAAACUCAUCGAACUCUCCUUGGCUGCUAACAAUUUAGUUGGGGGUAUUCCAUCUUCUUUAGGAAACCUUUCGUCAUUGCGGGUUCUCUCGCUUGCUUACAAUCAUUUGGAAGGAAAGAUCCCUGAUGCUCUAGGCGGGGCCUCAAACUUGAGAAACCUUUAUCUCGGUUCCAACAACCUGGGAGUCUUACAGCUGUAAUUGGCAUUCCUUUUCCAAAUCUUCGAUCCUUGGGUAUUGGAGGAAAUCAAUUAAUUGGUACUAUUCCAAUGUCAAUAUCUAAUAUGUCUAAUCUGGAGAACUUUGACAUUGGUA